AUGCUUUGUGGUCUCAAGCUCGCACUUGCAUGUUCUGCACUUGCUGCUGUACGCGUUGACGCUGCACUUGAAGACGUUCCAAGCUUCACCGUCCCGUCAUUCGACUACACUUCCCUGCAAUCUGGAGGUACUCCGGGCCGUAUGCUUGAGGCUUUAGAACGUGGAGGCAUCAUCGCACUCAAGAAUAUCCCGAACUACAUCAACGUACGCGAACGGUUCUUAACUAGUUCCGUGCAGUGCGCUGUAGCUUCGGAAAAUACGGACGAAAGCGUGCGUUACCUGUCCACCAAGCAGUUCCGCGAUGGCACUCGUCGACUCACGUUGCGAGCUGCUGCAGGUCGUGAACUCUUUGAUACGGACACCGAGACGCUCAAUGCGAUGGCGGCCAUUUGUCCUGGUCAUCGUGAGCUCUACGAAGAGUUCAGUGGUACGUUAGAGCGCGCAGUGGAUACGUUCGCUUCAGCUUUAGACCAGACCGAGUUCAGAAUGGGCGACGGCGAACGCUCCAUCAGUGCACGGAAACUCAUUGGCGACGCUAAGCGCCUCGACCAUUUCCACGCCUACGAAGCUGCAGCGUCAAGCUCUACCCGGUCUCUUUCAGCACAAGAAAUUGAGCGAGACUUGUCGUUGGAUAUGCAUGAAGACCACGGACUCUUUAUUGCGAUGGCUGCACCGAAGUUCUUCUCCGUUAAGAACGGGAACAUUCAAGAGCGACGUCUGAAGUCCGACGCCUCUGGGUUGGUCAUCGGAGCCACCGAACUGGAUGAGAUUGUACGUCCAGACUUAAAGGAGGAUGAACUCGUCAUCAUGAUGGGAACCGGGGUGUCUCGUUGGCUGGAAACCAGUCACCAUCUCCCGGCUGUCAUGCACGGCAUGCGAAUGCCUGAAGAACUGGUGGGGGCCACUCCAGAGCAACGGAAUCUUCGCGCCUGGUUCGGGAAGAUGACGCUGUUGCCUUCGUACCAACGUUUACUCGAGACAAACAUGGACUUUGACGAGUUCACCAACCGGACUACGCGUCACUUGUUAUCGAAUGGGGACUCGAGUGACCUCAAGGCUAUCGGUUGUGCUGGCGGGCGGCAUUUAGUCGAGUCGGAAGGAAGCUGCACGUACUCGAUAUGCACUUUAAAGCCUGGAGUGGAGAGACCUCCCACCGUGGGCUGCCAUCAGGCGUGUAAUUAUCACACCGAGUUCUUUGAUGCUAAAUGCGAGAAGAAAUGUGACUGUACUGGCACCACAACUCAAGCGGAUGUGUGCUGGAUGUUGUGUGUUGCAAGACUACCAGUUGACGAGUGUCCUCUGGAACACCAAGAGUGUUCAGGUCUCAAGAUGAUCUGCGAUCCAAACGACACAAUCUCCAACGACGUAUCCCAUGAUCACGCAGCUCCCACGCCGACUGCGACGCCCCUGCCGACGUUUGUGACUGAUGCUCCCACCUUAACGCCGACUACGACACCACCAGCAACUACAGAGCCUUCGACGCCUUUGCCAACUGAUGCCACCGCUCCGUCGUCGACCUCCGCAGCGCCAAUCGAGACCCCCAUCCCUUCUACUCUACCUCCGACACCGACACUGACACCGAGUACCGCUCUACCAACUCAAGCACCGUCAACUGCUACAGAAGCUCCAGUACCCGCGACCGAGACGCCGACAACUCAAGAUCCGAUCACUCCGUCGUCGACCUCCGCAGCGCCAAUCGAGACCCCCAUCCCUUCUACUCUACCUCCGAUACAGACAGCGACACCAACUACCGCUCUACCAACUGAAACACCGUCACACGCUACCGCUCUACCAUCUAAAGCACCGUCACCUAGUGCUACAGUACCACCGGUACUACCAGCGACCGAGACUCCGACAGCUCAAGACCUGAUCACGGAGGAGCCUGUGCUCCCUGGCGGACACUGCUAACUACUAGCUCUCCUACGUGCGGUUGAAAGCUGUACAGAAUAGGCAAUAUACGCCCUACCGCUCAAAUAGCACGUAGUACUGUAUUCAUUCCUUGCGUCUUUACCGGCAAUUUGUAUGCAAACCU